GCGAAGCCCAGCGUCCCCUUCCACCUAUCCAUCCAUCCGCCGUCCCCAUCUUUACGCAUCCAUCCAUCCAUCACUUUGAGCUACUUUGAUAUUUGGACACCACCACUGCAUUCUCUGCAUUCGAUAUGGCUGAUAAGGGAGAUAACUCUGGGCAAGGUGAAAAGCCAAAGGUGAAGCAGGCUCCACUCUCACGGGCGGCCAGGGCUGGUCUCCAAUUCCCGGUUGGCCGUAUCCACCGAUACCUCAAACAGCGAACGCAAAACAAUGUCCGUGUUGGCGCAAAGGCUGCCGUAUACUGCGCUGCAAUUUUGGAGUACCUUACCGCUGAAGUUCUCGAGUUGGCGGGAAACGCAUCAAAAGAUCUCAAGGUGAAGCGAAUUACUCCUCGCCAUUUGCAGUUGGCGAUCCGUGGAGAUGAGGAAUUGGAUUCUUUGAUCAAGGCGACGAUUGCAGGCGGAGGAGUCAUCCCUCACAUUCACAAAUCCCUUAUCAACAAGACCACCAAGGCAAAGAAAGGCCAAAAGGAGGUUGCUUAAUUUAUUAUUUCUACUGCGUAUGCAUAUAAUGGGAGACGUGGUGGAGAUUUGGCGGUUAGUAAUGAGAGAAAUGGGGAAGCAAAACGGCCGAUCUCGCCGUCGUAGCUGGAGCUACGCUCCCUUCAUGUGUUUUUGAUUCGAUUGCUUUUGUACAUGUUCGUGAGAUGAUUUAGUCCCUGGUUGAGGCUUGUGUUUUUCCUGUCGAUAGUUGGAAGAGAUGAAAAUAAAAAAGUACGAUAUACCCAGA